AUGCGGUCCUCAGCGAUUUUUGGAUUGUCUCUGCUUUCCGUGCUCCUGCCUUUCACCCAGGCAGCCCACGGAAGCCAACGUCGGCACAACGCCGUCGCUCACCGUGCUCGGGGCGAUGUGCAGGUCCACAAGCGCACCGACAAUGCUCGGUUCACGUACUAUGCGGUCGGACUGGGUGCUUGCGGUCAGACCAACGUCCCCAGUGACUUCAUCGUAGCUCUGAACAGUCCCAUGUACGGUGAUGGCUAUCCGGGCCCUAACUGCUUCAAGAGCAUCACCAUCACUGCCAACGGCAAGACGACGCAGGCCACCAUUAUGGACGAGUGCCCCGGAUGUCCCUACGGAGGCUUGGACUUCUCCGAAGGUCUCUUCAAGUUCUUCGCUGACGAGUCUGUCGGUGUCCUGUACGGUUCUUGGUGGUACAACGACGGCUCCGGUGGAGGAGGAAACAACCAGCCCACCACUUCCUCAAGCCAGUGGACUCCCCCCACGUCCACUUGGGAGCCCCCCUCCAGCACUUGGACGCCUCCCACCACCUCUUGGACCCCUACGUCCACCUGGACGCCUCCCAGCAGCACCUGGUCGCCCCCGUCUUCUAGCAGCACCUGGAGCUCGUCCUCCAGUUCAUCCUGGUCUUCGUCCAGCUCGUCUUGGAGCUCUAGCUCCAGCUCCAGCUCCAGCUCGUACACUCCUUCCUCGACCAGCAGCACCGUUGCUGCUACGCCGACUGUUUCCUCUACUCGUUCCGACCCUGAGAACAUCAACGGCUUGAACCAAGUUAUCAUUGGCAUUGGCGGAAUGAUCGUUGCUGGCGCCCAGGCUUAA